GGCCGGUGUGGAGUGAGCGGUCAGACAUAGCGGUCCGGGGGCGGCUCCGCACCGGGUGCCGGGAAUGAGGUGCUGAUUUGCCGCUGUCACCGCUGAACACCCGGAGGAGAUCCGCGCCUCACAGACACAUCCCGGUGCUCGGAAGUUCAGCGCACCCUGGGGAAUAAGAGGAGCCUCCCGGGCAUGGAUCUCCUGCCUCACCCGGCGCCCCCAAACCCGUCCGGGUGAACCGUUUCAGGCAUCCUGUGUUCUCCGAGCUUUCGGCACAUCUCUCCUGCCUCCAAAGAGGCUUCUAGGCAGAGAUGACAGCCACAGCUGCCCAAAAGUGCCUGAAGAAUGAUAAGGUGGAUGAAGCGCAAGCAUUGGCCAGGAGCUGUGCUGGAAGACCGGACUUUAAGCCCUGUGAUGGACUAUCCAUCUGUGCCACCCACAGUCAUGGCAAGUGCUUCAGACUCCAUUGGUGCUGUCACCUGGGCUGGUGCCACUGCAAAUAUGUAUACCAACCAAUGACUCCUGUGGAACAGCUUCCAAGCACAGAAAUCCCAGUGGAACCACAGGAACAGACCAACACAAUUCAGAUUUCUGUCUCGCUGGCCGAGCAGUUUCUCAAAGUAGCUUCUUCCUUCCAGCCUCCAUUCAUACCAGAAUCUCCACGCUACUGUACCAUCUCGGACCUCUUCCUUGAUAAUUAUCAGGUCAAAUGUAUCAAUGGGAAGAUGUGCUAUGUUCAGCGCCAACAGCCACCACCACCUCCGGCACCACCCUGUAUCAGGUCACGGCCUGAAAGAGAGUAUCUUCAGGAGGUGUAUCCACCCAAAGACACAGAGGGACCAAAAAUAGAUCACUGCUCUUCACCUUCUAAUUCCGAGGACUCUGGAAUCAAUGCAGUGGGCAUUCCAUACUUGGAAUCAUGUGAUGAAGAUACAGAGGAAGGAGCAGAACUCAGUUCAGAAGAAGAUUGCAGUCCAGAUGGUUGCUGGGGACAGGAGCCUUCUCCCUUGGUAUCACCUUCCAAAACUGAUCUUGAGAUCAUAGAAACUAUAGAGACUACAGUCUGAAUUGUACAGAAGAGGAUGUUACAUCUAGUGGAUUAAGCACAUGUUGGCAGUAACCAGCUGCCACGAGACUGAGCAAUACAAUCAUAUUGCACACAUACCUACAAAUAUCGAUAAGUUACCAAGAAUGUGUUCAGUUUAGGGGUCAACUCCCAUUGACUUGCACCCCCAGAUAAAAUAAAGCACAUGGAUUGAGGCACUGAGAGGCCUCCAAAGUGAUAUUCAUGCAUAAGAACACGUUUUAUAUUCAUUAAGGCAUAUUCAUCGGUGGUGUUAUCCAGUUGUAUAAAUGAGUUAUGGCUCAAUCAACAGAUUUAUUUGCACAAUUUCGACAAAUCUUUUUUUUAUCAUGAGAUCGUCUAUUAUAGCCUUGAUACCAGUGGUUGGCUGUGAUUAGUUUCUUCUAACAGGUUAAAGUGGUAGUACCUGCAGUACCAUCAUCAUGUGCCGGUCACAACAUGGGGCCUUUCUCUUGGGUAUGCUGCAAUGAAUAUAAAACAAUUCUGUAUACCAGUGUUAUAUUAUUCAGAUGUCUUGUAAGGGACGUUUCACUGUUAAUAGAUGAUGUCUCACAUUCCUCAAGUAUGAAUUGGAUAUAGUAAACAACUGUAUGGUCCAAAACUCAGUAUUCUUUCCUGCAAUAUAGAAGGAACUGCCGUGUACAUACUUAUCACUAGCUUUCACUGGACCAUUAUUCACAAGUGUUGUAACGAAAAGUGUACGAGGACCAAUGACCCAGUGCUAUCCCUGUAUUCUAGAUGGUAAGGAUCCUGUACCAUGAUGUCUCUGUAUAAUCCUGUGUACACAUUUAGCUAUCUGAUCCACUAUUACCCAGUAUUCAAGAGUACAUAGUUAUAUGCCCCUUAAAACCCAUUCUUUUUUGUUUGUUCUCAAGGACCUAACUAACGCAUUUGACACCUUAUUGGUCCAAGCAAAGGCAGACAUGGUCCAAAAGACCUUACACUGCCAAAUAUUCACAACUCUGAAAUAACAACUUAGAUUUUGUUCAUAACAUUGUCAGCAAAUUGGAGAGAAUAGACAGGAUGAAUAAUUUUAAAGGGGUACUCUGCCCCUAAACAUCUUAUGGAUAGGGGAUAAGAUGUCUGAUCGUGGCGGUCCCGCAGCGUGGACCCCCACGAUCUAUGUGCAGCACCUGAUGUUCGUUUAGAACACUGGGUGCGGGCGGUGGGGGCCGUGACAUCACGAGCACGCCCCUUCAUGCAGUAACACCACGCCCCCUCAAUGCAGGUCUAUGGGAGGGGGCGUGACUGCCGUCACGCCCCCUCCCAUAGACUUGCAUUGAGGGGGCGGGCCGGGACAUCACAACCCCCCUCCGCCCACAUCCAGCAUUCGUAACAAAAUGUUCCAAAAGCCAGGACAGUGGAGUACCCCUUUAAUCUCUCCCAGAAGGUCCUCUUUCAUGGCCCUCUUAAGAGAUAAGUAAGGCGAGGCCAGUGCUUCUCAGGUCUUUACCAAGAGAAGCCCAUAAGAUUAGGAGACCAAAUGUGGUAUUUUAUUGUCACAAACCUGUGACCCCUAUAAAGCUUUGACUUUGCCGCAAGGCACAACAAAGGGUAGAAACCAAUUUAUCACUGAUAGCACCAAUAUGCUUCUUGUCUGGUAAGUUAUUGAACCAUUAAGCUUCUAAAUCAAUAUAUUGACUGUUUAAAUCAGCUUUUAUUCUGCGAUAAAAAGACUGUAGCUAGCUUUAUUUAUUCUGGCAACACAGCUUUUGAUAACCCACUUGAAACUGAAUUGUUUCACCUCUCAAUCCUGUGCAGCUAAAUAGACCUGACACCUGCUCAGUACGCAGAAGGCAGCGCUCCUUUCUGUCGCCUUCACUCUGCAAUUACUGGAUGGAUGAGAGCAACCGGAGUCAAUUAUGAGGCAAUUAGGUUAUAGUGACCUUUAAGAGCAGCACAUCUUCAAAGGGAAAUAGCGAACCAUAGGUGGCCAAAUUGUAAUUGAGUCAGGAGCGGACGGCAGAAAACCUUUAGAAUGAAAUGUAGGAGCUCUGGACGGCUCCAUGGGUUCUUCGUUUAUUGCAAAUUACAGUGCAGGAUUCCUGCAGCGCAAAGUAUUAAUAUUUAACCGUAUUAGUAAGCAUAGAAUACAUGUUUGUUAUGGAGUAUAGGUGAAAACUCUCUGGGCGCUAUUGUUCAGUAUUGAUAUGGAUUUUCUCCAUAUUGAAAAUAAUCGCUUAUAGUAAAGGUAGAUUUAUUGAGUGCAUAUAUUAGAGAGGUCUUGUUAAUGUGAACAUGGCACAUGUUACCGUGGGUAGUAAUUCCAGUAAUGAGACAUUCAUUAGGGGCUUCCUGAUAUAUAGCAGUAGCUGUCAAUUUUACAGUAGAGAUUUAGUAAUUCCUCUGAGAGCUCAUUUUUCAGGGGGCUAGGGGUCUCCAAUGGUAAAGAUAGUGGGAAAUAGAAACAAAAUGAUCUUGGAAAGCAAGUGGGUGAGCUGGACUUUCUAUUAUAUAAAGUAAGUGAGAAGCAUUGACUGGAAAUACAGUGUUUUCAUAGUGUUUGCUCCUAUUUGUUACUAUACAGUAGCAUUAUUCUUAGUGACAGUAUCUUGACAGUUCAUAGGGUUGGAUCAGCUACAUUCUUCCUAUAAUAUGUAGAAGUGUUCUUUAUACUAUAAGACAUUAUUAUAAAAUCCAUAGUUCCAUACCAGAUAUAUAAGCCAUUUAUUAAAACCACCUGCCUGAUAUUCUUCUGCCACAACAGCUCUGACCCAUCAAGACAUGGAGGGACAUUUAUCAAUGUUUGCUUAUGCAUUCUUUUUUUUAGUAAUUUUUUCCUUACUUUUUUUUUGCUUAUGUGUGACUUAUUUAUCAACUGGUUUCAGCCUGUUGAUAAUUUUCUUUCACGUAAGCAAUUUUUCCCUGUUGCGACUUUUUUUUGCGCAGUUGCGACUGUCGCAGUUAACAAAUACCUGACUACCCGUAGUCCAUGUUAAAAUUAUUACUACGUAGUUAAUUUUUUGAAAACUUGCUUUUCUCGCUUUCCAGUCAAAAUGUCGCACGAAAAAUCGCGUAGUCGCAGUUGCAACAAUUUUGCGACAAUUAUAGUAAAGAAAACCUGACUAAACCCGUUGAUAAAUGUCCAUAAUGGACUCUACAAGCCUGACGUUGUCUUGUGGUAUCUGGUACCAAGAUGUUAGCAGCUGAGUCUUUAAAGUCUUGCUAAAUGUUUUAUGGGGUCUCCGUGGAUCAGACUUCCAGCAUAUCUCAUAGAUGCUCAAUCACAUUGAGAUUUGGACAAUAAAGUCAGCUAAGUUACUCAAACCAUUCAUGGACAGUUUUUGGGUUGUGGUGCAUUAUACAACUAAUAGAGGUCACUGACAGAAUACUGCUGCCAUGAAGCAGUCUACUUGGUCUGCCACAGUAUUUAGGUAGGUGGUUUGUUUUAACCCCUUCUCGCUAUAGGACGUAUGCAUACGUCCAAGCAUCCAACACUUUUGCGCAAUUGGACGUAUGCAUAUGUCCUAGCGAUCUCCGGCACUGCCGCGGGCAGCGCAGGAGAUCAGCAACGGGACCCGGCUGUUAUUCACAGCCGGAGCCGUGAUCGUGCCGGUCCCGGCAGCAUUAACCCCCUAGAUGCCGUGAUCAAUCCUGAUCACGGCAUCUAUGGUGUUGACAGGGGGAGUGCGAUACGAUAGCGGGUCGCCAUUGGUUGCUAUGGCAGCAGGAGGUCAGAUCAUGUCCUCCUGUCUGCAUGCUACGGAAGCCUGUGAGAUCCAGCCAGGCUGUAGUGUGUGCAGCUCAUCAGGUCAUACUGUGCUGCAGUACAAAUGUAUUGCACUAUAGUAUAACCUGUAAAAAGUGUAAGAAAUUAAAUAAAAAGUUCUUCAAUGAAAGUAUGAAGUGUAAAAAAAAAAAGAAAAAAAUGCCCCUUUCCCAAUAAAAGCCCUGUAUUAUCACCAAAAAUGAUCAAAAACACAAAUCAUAUACAUAACAGGUAUUUCCACGUCCGUAAUGACAUGUACUAUAAAACUAUAAUGUAAAUUAUUCCGCACGGUGAACGCCGUAAAAAAAAAGCGCAAAAUUUGCCAAUUUUUGUACAAAUAGCAGAAUAAAAAAGACCAAAAGGUAGCACGUAGCACAAAAAUGAUACCAGUAAAAAGUACAGCUCAUCCCGCAAAAAAUAAGCCCUUACUCAAUGGCGUUGGACAAAAAAUAAAAAAGUUACGGCUGUUGGAAAAUGAAUGGCAGAAAAAGGAUUUUGCUCAGAAAAGGAAAAAGAACAUAGAAAGCUAUGUAAAAUGGGUAUCGCCAUAAUCGUACUGAUCCACAGAAUAAGUAUAACAUCACUUUUACUGCACAGUGUACACCAUUAAAAAAAAAGUAAAGAAAAAAGCCAGAAAUUUUCCAGUUUUUCACAGUAUUUUGAAGUUUUUCACAAAAAAUGCUGCAUGUGUCAACAAAAAUGCACCAGUUAUGUAAAGCAUAAUAUGUCACGAAAAAACUCUCUCAGAAUCGCUCUGCUCAGAAAAAGCGUUCUAAAGUUAUUACCAUUUAAAGAGAUACAUGUAAAAAAAAAAAAAGCCUGGUCAUUGAGGUAAAAAAAAAAUGGGUCUGUCCUUAAGGGGUUAAAGCAUAGCUACUUUCUUUCAAAAACCACUCCCCGUUUGUCUCCAGGUUGGGUGUGGUUCUUCAGCUCAGUUCCAUUGAAGUGAAUGGAGCCAAGUUAUAAAACCACACCCAACCUGGAGACAGACGUGCAGCUGUUUUUGAAAGAAAUUAGCUGUGUUUUUCUAUUUCUGAAUAACCCUUUUACUAUAACAUCCACAUGAAAGUUUUCUAGCAGACAUCGUAUCCCCUAUUCAUUGGAUAGGGGAUAAGAUGUCUACGGCUGGAAUACUCCUUUAAUAUUACUCAAAUGGUCUAUCGCAGAGCAUCAAACAUACUAGAAGACAGGUAGACAGCAUGCCUAGAAAUUUGCUACUAACAUCUUUUUGGUGUCUAUUGCGUGGACUUUAGUGAAAGCAGAUUUGGCACCUUCAUUGUUCGUAGACUGUCUUAGUAAUUUACUAGACAAUACAAACAAAAAAGUCUUAAAGUGCAUCAGACAGAUUCAUAAAUUUGGUGAAUCUGAAGACUGUCUAGUCAAAAUUUAGUCAAAAUCUCGGUGCAUUUAGUCCACACCUCUUUUACCAAGGCUACAUUCUGUAUGCUGGGCUCAACAGAAAAGUGUCUAAAACUAAUGUGGUGCAAGUCAUGUAAGACAAAUUAGCAAUAGUAAAUACGGGCCAGUGUGUUUUGAUGGUCAUCAACCCCUAUGAACAAGAAAAUCUGAACACACAGCUGUAGUAUGACUUUAGGGAGGAUUCCAUCGACUUUGGAAAAUGUCUUGUCUUGGAUUGGAUGCCGCAGAGUCAUUAUAGUGAUAUGUGCCAAAUCUGAAUAGACCAGUCCGCAGUUUUUUUUUCUCCAUGAAACCAUUCCAUUACUACCUUUGUUACUCGCAGCUAAACAAAAUCGUAAAUUGAACUUUCUUUUUUGUUAUUCUUUAGGUGGUUUUUACAUUGUACACAGAGGUGAAAUAUGAAGUUCCGUAGCAGGGGCCCCAACUAAAAUGUUUCAUAUAUAAUACUGGUCUCCUUACGUAAGAGAGAGAGGCCCAGCGGGCUCCUCAGCCUCUUGGGUUUGAUGCAACCGCACCCCUAUAGUUAGGCCCCUGCUUAUACAGAAAUAGCCCCCAUAUCGUUGUAUUCUUACCAAGGAGGCAGAGCUAUCCUCUUAAUGUAAUAUCUCAAAGAAACGUAUGGUAAAUGUAAAUCCAGGCACUUUGUUAUUUUACAGAACAGUCGCCUUUGUGUCUUUUCUAAUCGCUGGUUGCAGCUGGUAACACUUUCUACAAGUUUUCCCUGCGGACUGCCUUAAGCCGGUUAGAGAAAUACUUUCCUGUAUACUUUGAAAGUCAGUGCAGCAGGUUUAUCUCUGCGGGCUCCUAGAAAUAAUUAUGCCAGCGUGGACUUAUUUUUCAUAGCGUCUCCUUUUACCGACUGAAGGUUAAACCGUGCUGUGUUUUCCGUCUCUGAAAAGCUCAGUGUGGGAGCGGCAGAUGUAAGGAAUGAUUCCCGUGCGCAGCAAACUUUGUCCUGACAAUUGUUUUUAACCUGUGUUGCGAUCUAUUUAUGGCUAGAUGUUGUGACAAAUUAUGGAAUGCAUUUAUGCCUUUUGUGACUGGCGUCGGAAGUAUGGAAGCAAUGCCCUGAGUGUAACAUAUUUUUACCAUUAGGAUUCAUUGUAAGGGUAGCAUGGAAAUCUACCACAACAUUUGUAUAGAAAGGCUUUAUCGUAUAUCCAUGCUGCCCCUUGAACUGUGGUUAAUAUAACAAUAUAAGUGCUGUCAGCUUAUGCCCCCCCCCCCCCCCAAAAAAAAAAGUGUAGAGACUGUGGUUGAUUCUGUUGCUUAACCAGAGCGCUGAGCAACAAAACUGUAUCAUUUCAUUGACAAGCCCAAACUUGGCAGGACACCAAUCUAUUUUUCCAUAAAUCUUUGUCUUUUUGGGGCUGUUGGUGAUUAUUGUCCAUCCGUCAACCAUGUUCAUUUUGUUUCUGGAUUAUCUGGUGUAUCCAAAGUGAUCCCAAAGAUGUCAGUACUAGUAACAAUAGUGAGGUGGUCUGAAACCUUUGGCUCUUCAGUUUGGUGGCCAUUUUGGAACACAAAGGCCGGCAUUUAUCAUUGUAGGUGUAAGUGAAGCAUUUAUCAUUGUAGGUGUAAGUGAAGCAUUUAUCAUUGUAGGUGUAAGUGAAGCAUUUUUCUACACCUUUUUUUUUGUGUGCUGGUAAUGUGUAGGAGCACCACAUUUAUUAAAUGGUCACAGAGCAUUUGAUACAUUUUGUGCAGGUCACAUUUUCUGAAAUUUCUCUCUUCAUAUACACCAAAAAGCUAAGCUAAGUCCGGGCUGGUGUAGUUUUAGAGACUUUUCAGUGGUUUUGCACCUUGUUGGCGCCUUUUCACAAAAAGUCGCAGUUCAUAAAACCCUUCCAUAUCAUGUGUAUCGCCAAAAUCUGUGGAUUACUACUCAAAAUCAGCAGAAAUGUGUAAACCAAAAGGCGCAAAUGGACCCGACUUGCGCCUUUUUUGCACCUUUUGUAGACACAAAAAACAGUCUAAAGACAAUGAUAAAUGUCGGCCAUAGUCUCUAUAUUCAAUGUAUAGUAGGCACUGGCAUAGGGCUAAUUUUAAUGCACAGAAAUGUGAAUCUUUUCAUAAACAAAAGACUCCACGAAGAACCUAGUAAUGGACAGAUUUCACUAGACAUUCAAACUUGUGCUGCUCGGUUCUACCAGUCCAUUUGGGUUUCCAAUCCAUUAACAGUUCAUAUAUUGCUCCCCUGUACUUUCGUGUUUUUGUUCUUUUUUUCCUUUAUUCUUUUGAAAUUCAGACUUUACUGAACUGUAAGUUAUUUUAUGCGAAAUUAUACAGUGUAAAUUGGCUUGGAAAUAGCCCUUUUUGAUGCAUUUUUAUAUAACAUCAUUUUUAAGAGGUGUUCUCCACUUUGGAUAAUCCUUACUGAAAAGACCCCUUAACACAAAGUGCCCUAUUGCAUUACACAACUCAAGCAGUUCAAGUCAGUGGGCUCUCUUUAUACUUCAAGACAGGACGGGUUCUUCGGAGAGAUUCAUAACAUGCUCUCCAUUUGUCCAAGAGAUGAAGAUCCUGAUUUCCUAAUAGGGUAUAUUACAAUGGCUUUUCUAAAUUGGGGGGAAAAAAACCUUAAAGGGGUAUUCCAACUUUUAAUCCCUUUACUCUAUCCACUGUGAUCUGAGUCUUUCCUCAGAAUUGAGUGGGAUUUGCACUAUUAAGUGCUGGAGGUUUGGAGACAAGACUUGUGUCCCUGUUUUUGAGAUCAGACACGUAUCCCUGUCCUGUGGAUAGGGAAUAAAAGUUGAAACACCCCUUUAAUCAGCUUGGAAGUUUUACUGGGUGCUAGGGCACAUAUUGAGACCCAGAACUAAGUGCCAUGCUCAAUCCAGCCCCUCAUAAUGGAUACAUUUUAAAGAACUAGGUCAACUUCAAUGGAGAAUAGUCAAAAACAUUUUUCAAAAUAAAGACUAGAAAUUACCCCUUUGAUACCAAAAAAUAAAAAUAAAAAAAAAGUUUCAAAACCAACCAGAAAACAGCUAGCAUCCCUCCAGGCACAUAGUAUUCUUAUGGUAUUAAAUAAUGGGUUUAAAGCACAAGGUAAACAAUAUUAAUACACAUGCCCUGUAUUUAAUUAGCCAAGAAAACGUAUGUAAAUUUAUCAAAUGUAAUAAAAUUUGCAGUUUGUUUUUUC